AUGUCCCAUUCAAAAGCCGAUCAUCCACCCCCUGAUACCACCCCUUCCGAGAGCAACGUCAACCCUUCCAAAAAGAAAAAGAGUCGUCAUAGCAAAAAUCGAGAGACGUACCAUCAGAAGCUAGAACGGCGUUUCAUGGAAAGUUUGGAUGAAUCUUCUAUCUUGGAACCCAGCAUUCCUUCCGAUCUUAUUCACUUCUUUACUCUGCCACACUUCAAAGACCCAAAUCUGCGUCUUCAUGGUCGUUCUCAGCAGAACAUCGACCUUGUCCUCCAUCGAUUGGCAUGCCUCAACCUUGGCCCUCCACGACAACUCAACCAGCCCGUCCCACAAGGUAUUCCAAACUCUAUGAAAGUCAAUGGACUACCAUACCACAUUCUGCGUCUUCCUCACUUAAUUCCAACUUACAAGCGAGACAAAAUGCUUCAAGCUUUUCACACUUUCAAUGACUUAAAGCCGUUUAAGCAUGUGUCAAGCUCACAAAGGCGAGAAGGAGUGGAAGGGCUCCACCCUUACCAUCUGGGGAUUGUUCGCAGACAGGGAAACUCGAUUGGAGUCACAAAAGAUACAAAUCAGACAACACGAGAAAAGAUCAACCAGCCCACCCCUCUUCAGAACAAACGACGUCAAGCUGCACUUACUCUCCUUCGCCUUCUUGAACAAUAUAUCUGUGACCCUUACAAACGCCAAUACUCCUAUGUAGACAAAGACACAGUUGACUACUCUUAUUUCAUCAACCAUCAAGGUCGUGAUGCAACUGCUGUUGAGGGUACUAUACCGGAGGGGGAAGAAACCAGAAAGAUUGGUAAAAGCAAGAAAGGGAAUGAAAGUGGGACAAGAUUUGGGGGAAUGGCAAUGGCAGUAGCCAUAGGUUAUGGUGAAGCUCGAAUUCCUCACCUUGAUCAAAAUGACGUUGAUACAAUUCCCACCUUUUUCACACAACUUUCAGGUGAUCCUGGCUUUACACAUUUUCCCCAAUUACAUGUUGAGGCAGCUUUGAAUUCUGGGGAUGUUCUCAUUGCUCCUACAUCUAAUCUCAUUCAUCACGCUGUGGGGGAGGGACCAGCAAGGCAAGGGAGAAUAACAGCCAUAUUUUAUACUUGUCGUCAUGUUGAAAGCUUACUGGGGAAGGAGGAGGAUGGAAAGAUUGUGAGUGGUCCUCUAGAAGGGAUGGAUUCAGAGAACUUGAUGGUUUUUGACGAAGGUGAGGUAGAGGAGAUACAGGUAGAUGAACCAUGA